CGGGACAAUUGCCGCAAACAACGCCCGAGCGGGCAAUUGGAAAGCUCGUUGAAGACGCGAGGAAAGCGCGUGUUCGCUUUUCUCUCCAUUCUCUGGACUGCAUGCAGUCAUUUUCAUCUUCUCUGUCGAGAACAGAGGCUCCUUCUCGUUUGCGCCUUACUCGAAAUCCAAUGCCAACUCUCACAUCAAGACAUGGCCGACAUCAACAAUUCCUCCCUUACCACAUCGCCCGAGCCUCUUCCUCUACGGACUCCCCUGCUGCUCGCUUACGUGCAUUGACAAGUCGCGUCUUAGCCAACACUUCCUCACAGGCGACACCUCCUCCUACGGACCGGGACUCUGAAUCUGAUGCUGCUACUGUUAAAAAACCACCUGCUUCAGCGUUCUUCACGACGGGACCUGCUCGAGUGUUGUCCGGAGAGCUGGAGUCGGACAUUGAGUCCUUUGUCGGAAACUCCUUACCGUCUUCCGCGCUUCAUCUGCGAAGCAGAGGCUAAGGGACCUGUACAUCCGUACACUGGCUGCCAAUGAAACAGAUAGUACCCCCAAGCCUCCACACCGAGGCGCCGACGGUCCUCGUCUACAAGUCCUGAACCCUCACGCAACAAGGUCACUCCCAGACCUAAUUCGUUAUCGGACGACGAACGCGAUCGGAAAUCGAACACCCCAUCCUCUGCAGAUAAGUCCUCCCGCAAGAGGCAGGACUGCUC